AUGGUUACAUUUACAAAAUCCAACUGCUUACGGAUAAAUCGUAGACGUCCAUUCAGGUUUGAGGCAAAAUGGUUGUUAGAUGAUGAGUACCAAAAGGUGGUGAGGGAGGCUUGGGGAAAACGCAGUAAUGCAGGGGAACUCAUGGGGAGGAUUUCAUGUAUCAGGGAGGAAAAUGGAAGGGUAAAUAGGGACUAUGACGAAAUAAAAAGGGCGUUUAUCCACUAUUUUAAUUCCCUGUAUUCUACGGGAGGUACCAGUGGGUUGGAGGAAUGCUUGGAUGGGCUUGAAUCACGUGUUACCAUGGAAAUGAAUAGAAGGCUGCUUGCUGUGUUCACCUGCGAGGAAAUAGAGGCGGCUCUUGCACAGAUGGGUCCUCUCAAGUCACCAAGUCCAGAUGGUUACGCGGCUGUUUUCUAUCAAAAAACAUGGGAAACGGUUAAAGAUGAGGUUUGCAAAGCUAUCCUUGGCUUUCUUAAUGAUGUUUCUUACUCGGUGUUGAUUAACGGACAGGCUCAUGGUAAAAGCAUUCCCACUAGAUGGCUAAGACAGGGUGAUCCUCUUUCCCCCUAUCUUUUUCUUUUAUGUGCAGAGGUAUUAAGCCAUAUGAUUGGUAGAGCAGAGUUACAAAAGAAAAUUACGGGGUUGGCUAUCACUAGAAGAGGAGAGCGUCUCUCCCAUUUGUUUUUUGCAGAUGAUAGCUUGCUUUUCUGCAAGGCAAGUGUCACAGAAUGGGAGAAUUUACAAGCAAUCCUAAUUGGAUAUGGAAAAGCAUCGGGCCAAUGCCUUAAUAGACAAAAAACAUCCAUCUUUUUCAGCAAGAAUACCCACCUAGAGCGUCGUGCACAACUUCUAUCUCUAGUGGGAGCUAGCUCCACGGAAAGCUAUGAGAAAUAUCUGGGCCUUCUAGCCCUCAUUGGCAGAUCACGCAUAAAAUCUUUUAAUAGUCUUCAAGGGAGGAUUUGGAACCGAUUGACGGGGUGGAAGGAGAAAUUUUUUACUCAUGCGGGGAAGGAGGUGUUGCUAAAGGCACUAAUUCAAGCAAUCUCGACUUACACUAUGAGUGUUUUUCAACUCCCAAAAAUUUUAUGCAAAAGGAUUAAUACCAUGAUGUCUCGCUUCUGGUGGGGGCAUAAAGGAAACCUUUCGAAAAUUGCUUGGUUGAGUUGGGACAAACUUGCAGUGGAUUGUGGGCGUGGAGGCUUGAGUUUUAGAGAUUUAGAGUGCUUUAAUCAAGCUCUUUUGGCCAAGCAAGGUUGGAGGCUUGUGCAGCAUCCCGAUUCACUGGUGGCGAAGGUAUUGAAAGCCAAAUAUUUCCCUCAAGGGAAUUUUUUAGAUGCCCAGCUGGGGAGUCAUCCGUCCUACACUUGGCGAAGUAUCUGGAAAGCAAAGAGUUUGCUACAAGCAAGAAUGAAAUGGAGAGUGGGCAACGGGCAAUCUAUUAAAAUUUGGGGAGACAAGUGGCUUCCAACUCCCACUUCUCAUGUUGUACAAUCACCAAUCCAUAGACUCACCCCUGAUGCAUGCGUGAGUGAAUUAAUUGAUGAAGCAAGUCUAUGGUGGGAUACUGCACUGAUUCAUGAGGUUUUUAUUAAGGAGGAGGCGGAAACUAUCUGCAGUAUGGCUAUUUGUCCUAGAGGGCAGCCGGAUGUCCUAGUGUGGGCAGGCACUAAGAACGGUUUUUUCACUGUUUGUAGCGCCUACCAUUUAGCUAAAACGCUCAAGGAUAUGCAGCAUGGAUCUAGUUCGUCAGGGGUUCUUUCUAGAGAAAUUUGGCGAAACAUCUGGAAGGUUGGAGGUCCAAGGGUGGUGCAACUAUUCCUCUGGAAAGCAUGCCAAAAUAGUCUACCCACAAAAGGAAAUUUGGAUGUGUGGCUUGAGAGCGGCCAAAAGCUUCAGAAGUGCUUGAGUGAAGCUGGAGAUUUUACUGAUUUAUUUGCUAGGCUGUCUGCGCUCUUAAGCAGGGAAGUGCUGCUUCAAUUUGCUACGGUGGCCAGGCAAAUUUGGUUUCGGAGAAAUUCUAUGGUUCAUGGAGGGGAGUUGAUUCCACCAUACUUGGUAAUUAAAAAAGCCAAAGAGCAGGUUGCAGAUUUUAAGAAGGCCAUCUUCUCCCCAGGCCAAGAAGGUAUGUCAAAAACAUUCCAGGUACCUGUGGAACAAUCGAAAUGGAAGGCCCCGCCAGUUGGUUUUAUCAAGAUCAAUUGGGACGCCUCCAUUGACGUUGGAACCCAAAGGAUGGGAAUGGGGAUGGUGGCACGAAAUAACAGGGGGGAGGUGGCGGCUAUGUACUGCUCAACAAAGCCAUUUGUUAACGAUCCAUCGGCAGCGGAAGCCCUGGCAGCGGCUCAAGCGGUUCACCUGGGACGCAGAAUGGCAUGGGAGAAUAUCAUUUUAGAAGGCGAUGCGUUGGAGGUGGUCUAG